AAGGUUUGUUUUUUUUGUUUUUUUGGGUUGUAGUUAGUUAGUUGGUCUUAUGCUAGAUAUGUGAAUGUAAAUGAACAAGUGAACUCCUGUUUUCUUUAAUUCAUGAAAAGCUAAAUUUAAUGGAGAUUGAAGUAAUAAAUCUUUGCUGUAGUUCUUUUCAAUUCCUCAAUGAUAAAUUGUUUCUGUGAAUUGUGAGGAAUGCUUCUGAAUGGGGUAAAAUUGUGUAUAUUCAAGCUUUUUUGAUGUGGAAUUGCUAAUUGGAUAACCAAGAAAGUAAUAAUGUUGCUUUUAGUACGAUAUUUCAAUGUUGAAUUUACCUCUGUUACCAUUUGCUCGUUGUAUAUUCAAGCUUUUUUGAUGUGGAAUUGCUAAUUGGAAAUACAUGUCUUUGUUUUCUCUGCCAUAGCUCCGUGGUCUGCUUAUUUUUUCAGUGUGCAGAACUGUUGUUCAAGCACAGAUCUACAGCAGAGAGCAGAGGAGCUUUUUUUCUUUUCUCAACAUGAAACGUCUACUCCCUAAAUUUUCUGUCUCUAGUGGGUAACUUGUUUCAAACAAAUGGUUUGAAUCAGUAUGAUUCAUUUACUUUUUUAUAUUUCCAGUACUAAUGAUGAUUAACUUUGCUAACUACAAAGAUAAUUGUUUCCUUUUUGCUAACUAAUUUUGUAAAAUUUUCCAAUUCUUUUGUAACUUCCAUCUUCCAAAAAAUUUCCAGUUCUUGCACGCAUUCAUAUUUUCUUGGACUUACAGAUCCAGGUUAGAAUUUUUGGCCAAAUGAUCGAUCAGAAAAUUUUGAUCAGCAAAUUCCCAUGCUUUCUUCUGCUGCUUCUUUUGGUGCUUACACGUUUUCUUUUUCCUUCUUUUAAUCAUUGAUCUAGACCCUAUAGAGAUUUUAAGCUGGUGUUUGUCCAUUUACAACUAUUUUUUUCCCUGCUUUUAGUACGAGAUUUUCUUUUUCCUUCUUUUAAUCAUUUUAAUCAUGUACUCGUUGUUUAGACUAAUGAAAAUUAUUACUCUUUUUCCCUUAUGAAGAAUUGGCCCUUAUCUCUUCGCUUUAGCUUAGGAUUGGUUGGCAUCUGUGUCAAUAUUCUUGAGCUCAUGUGUCCAUAUUAUUUCUUUAGAUUAUUUUAUGAAAUGUAAUUCUUCAAGUUUGUUUUCUAUCUUGAAUGUACCUGCCUUCUUUCUACUAUUUCACCUUUGUCCUGUUACUAUCUGUUAGUUGGAGCUUAAUCCUGCACGUCGAUUUUUUGAAUAUUGCGAUGCUUAGUUUUGGAUAGUAGCUUUGCGUAUAAUGGACAAAGAGUGGCUGCAAUUAUCAAGGUUAUCAUUUGAAAUUAGAUAUUAUGAUCCCAUUUACCAAAUGAAAAUAAUUUCAAUGUAUAAUAAUCAUAAAGAUUUACUCGUAGAUUUUCAAGACCAUAUAGUGAUGGAGCACAGAAUUUUGUUGAACGAGCUCGUAAAAAAUGCAAUUCAGAAAUGAUAGUAUGUCCUUGUGUUGUGUAGGAAUCUAAUGCAUCAUCAUUAUGAUACAGUCUAUGAACAUUUGAUUAUUAAAGGUAUGGAUCCUACAUAUACUACUUGGGUAUUUCAUGGAGAGCAACCAGGUUCAUCAAAUCAGAAUGUUGUAGAAAUGCCUGAGUCGAGUAAGAUGUUUAAGAUUUCUAUGUACAACAUGAUGUAGAUCUUGAAAACCGUCCUGAUGGAAGAGACGAAGAGAUUGAAAGUUUAGUUAAUGAUGCUGAAACUCCUUUAUAUCCUGAUUGUAGGGCAUUUACAAAGAUGUCAGCUUUGGUUGCAAUGUUUAAGCAUAAAGCUUCACAUGAGUUAUCAGAUAAUGGUUUUGAUGAACUUAUAAAUCUUGUUCGAGACAUGUUGCCAGAUAAUAAUACUCUUCCAAACUCAUUUUACAAGAUGAAAAAACUUGUCAAUACAUUUGAUCUUGGCUAUGAAAAGAUACAUGCUUGCCUAAAUGAUUGUUGUCUAUAUAGAAAGGAGUUUGAGCAUGCUGAAUUAUGUCCAAAAUGUGUUGCUCGAGAUGGAAAAUUAAAAAACGGACAAAAAAAAAUUCAGAAAAAUAUCCCAGCCAAGGUCUUGCGUUAUUUUCCUAUAAUACCAAGACUGAAGAGGAUGUUUGGAAUAUAUGAGAUGUCAACACAACUUCGAUGGAACUCAAAUAAUAAAAGUUCAGACAGUAAGAUUAGGCAUCCAGUUGAUUCAUUGAGUUGGGAAAUGAUUAAUCGAAGGUGGCCAGAUUUUGCUUCUGAUCCUCGAAAUAUUAGAUUAGGUCUUGCUACUGAUGGAUUUAAUCCUUUCAAAGAUCUUAGCUCUAAAUACAGUUGUUGGCCAGUAAUCUUAACUAUAUAUAACUUGCUUCCCUCAAUUUGCAUGUCAAAGGAAAGUUUGAUGUUGAGUUUAUUGAUCUCGGGACCAAAACAUCCAAGUAAUGACAUAGAUGUUUAUUUGGCACCACUUAUAGACGACUUAAUGUUGUUAUGGAAUGAUGGGGUUGAUAUGUAUGACGUUGUUACAAAGUCUACAUUUAACUUAAAAGCUCUUUUGAUGUGGACAAUACAUGAUUUUCCUGCAUUUGGAAAUUUAUCUGGGUGGCCCGUCAAAGGAAAAUUUGCAUGCCCCAUUUGUCGUGAGAGUAUAUGUUCACUAUGGUUGAAGCAUGGUAGGAAGUUUGCGUACAUGGGACAUAGAAAAUUUCUCACUUUUGAUCAUCCAUUUCGCAUGAAAAAGAGCUGGUUUAAUGGACAUAUUGAACAUGGUAUUAGGCCACAGAUAAAAAAUGGUGAAGAAGAUUUUAUUGAAGUUGAUAAAAUUACAAACGACUGGGGAAAAAGUGAGAAACGGAAGAGGAAGAAGAAUACAACUCAAUCUAAUGUAACAUGGAAGAAGAGGUCAAUAUUUUUCAAUCUACCAUAUUAGAAGACUUUACUUGUACAUCAUAAUUUGGAUGUGAUGCAUGUGGAGAAGAAUAUUUGUGAAAGCAUCAUCAGUACACUUUUGGAUGUCAAAGGAAAAUCUAAAGAUGGCAUUAACUCUCGUAAGGACAUGGAAGAAGUGAAUAUUAGGCAUGAUUUACAUCCUCAAAGUAGAGGAAAUAAAUUCUAUCUACCAGCUACUCCUCAUACCUUAUCAAAAGUAGAAAAACAAAUAUUUUGCAAAAGGCUUGCUAACUUGAGAUUACCCGAUGGUUAUGGAUCUAAUAUUGGAAAUUGCAUAUGGGUGGAAGAAUGUAAGAUAGCUGGGUUGAAGUCUCAUGAUUGUCAUAUGUUAAUGCAACAAUUAUUAUCAAUUGCGUUGAGAGGGCUUCUACCUAAAGGACCAAGGAAUUCCAUUUUUAAAUUGACUUCAUUUUUCAAGGAAAUAUGUCAAGGAAUUGUAGAUAGAAAUAAGGUUGAACAAUUAGGGAUGACAUUUCUGAAACUUUAUGCAUGUUGGAAAGGUACUUCCCGCCUUCAUUUUUUGAUAUAAUGGUUCAUUUAACAAUCCAUAUUGGGAGAGAAGUUCGUCUAUGUGGACCGAUAUAAUAUCGUUUGAUGUACCCAUUUGAGAGAUAUAUGAAAGUGUUGAAAGGAUAUUUUAUGAAUCGUGUGCAUAGCUAAACGAUAUAUUCUUGAAGAAAAUGCGAAGUUUUGCAACAAAUAUGUAACACAAGCAUCUAAAAUAGGUUCUAAGCCUGUACGCAAUGAAGAAUACGAGACUAAUUUCCUAGUUACAGGGCGUACAAUUUCUAAAGGGAAGGCAAUUAUACUAUCCAAUGAGAUAUUAAAAGUUGCUCAUCGCUACGUGUUACUGAAUAGUACAGAAGUUCAACCAUACAGAGCGUACGUUUAUUAAAUAUAGAGUUCAAUAAUUUUAAGUAGUUAACUAUAUUUUUUGAUAUAUUUUAUUUACCUUAGGAUGCAUAUGGAUGAAUUGAAGAGUUUUUGACAAACGACUGGAAAGAAAUGAGACUUUAUUGAACAAGAAGCACAUUGAUGCUUUUGCUGCUUGGUUGGAUGAUAAGGUUGGAAUACACAUCAACAAAUAAAUGUCUCAAAGUUGUGCUAUUUGUUCUUUUAUUUCUAACAUUUUUAAAAUAAUAACAUAUUCAAAUUCAGCUAUUAACGAACAAAGUUUCGAACAAUUUGAAGUGGCUUGCACGUGGUCCUAGAUAUCAAUUAAUGUCAUAUUCUAGUUUUGUUAUAAAUGGUCUUCGAUUUCACACUAAAGAUGCAGACAAAUCUCGUCAAAAUAGUGGCGUUUUAGUUGAAACAAUGACCAUAUGUAGAUCUAGUGCAAAAGAUAAUGCACAAAUAGUUGGGCAAGUUCAUUAUUAUGGAGUUUUGCGUGACGUUAUAGUGCUUGACUAUUAUACGUCUCAUGUUUCAAUAUUCAAAUGUGAUUGGGUAAAUAUUGUGAACGGAAUAAAAAAGGAAGAUGGAUUCACUUUGGUUAAUCUUAACGAAGGACACAGAGUCCGUUCAUUUUGGCAACACAGGCGAAACAAGUAUUUUAUUCUAGGGAAAAUGAAACAUCUAGUUGGUAUGUGGCUUUGCAAGUGAAGAUGAUUCCUGAACAUAAUUAUCAGAAGAUAAAUAUAGAAUUCAAUGAAUAUGGCCAAGUUGUUGGACAGAACUCGAAAAAAUUUUCUAGCGUAGUUGGGGCCAUGGUACGAGAACAUGUGCUUGUUGUAAUUAAGGAUUGGACUUCAGUGAAUGAAGAGACUAAAAUGGAGCUCUGGACUUUCAUACAUGUAAAUUUCGUAACUACCUUUUGAGAUUAUUACGUUGUAUUUAUUUCUUUCUUAAUGAUAUCAUUUUCUAAAGUCUUAAAUUCAUGCUUGUGCAUAAAUGCA